AUGAAUGGAGACGACGCCUUUGCAAGGAGACCUAGGGUUGGUGCUCAAAUACCAGAGAAGAUACAAAAGCAUCCCUGGAGACAAGUCUGUGACAGUGCACUAUAUUUGGUGACUCUUAUUCCAUUCAGGAAGGUGGGACGAGAGCCAGCCAGCAGCAUUAAAGCCCUACUGUGUGGCAGGGGAGAAGCUAGGGCCUUUGAUGAUAUUGCCAAAUACUUCCCUAAGAAAGAGUGGGAAAAGAUGAAAACCUCAGAGAAAAUAAUCUAUGUGUAUAUGAAGAGAAAGUAUGAGGUCAUGACUAAACUAGGUUUCAAGGCCACCCUCCCACCUUUCAUGCGUAAUACAGUGGCCGAAGACUUCCAGGGGAAUGAUUCUGAUAAUGACCGUAACCGCGAGGAUCAAGUUGAACGUCCUCAGAUGACUUUCGGCAAGCUCCAGAGAAUCAUCCCGAAGAUCAUGCCCGAGAAGCCAGCAGAGGAAGGAAAUGAUUCGAAGGAAGUGCCAGGAGCAUCUGGCCCACAGAACGAUGGGAAACAGCUGUGCCCACCGGGAAAACCAAGUACCUCUAAGAAGAUUAACAAGAGAUCUGGACCCAAAAGAGGGAAACAUGCCUGGACCCACAGACUGCGUGAGAGAAAGCAGCUGGUGAUUUAUGAAGAGAUCAGCGACCCUGAGGAAGAUGACGAGUAA